AUGGGGCAGACUAAUGUAACCUCCUGGAGGGGAUUUGUCUUUUUGGGCUUCUCCAGCUUUGGGGAGCUGCAACUCCUGCUGUUUGUCGUUUUCCUCUCUCUGUAUCUCAUCACUCUGACCAGCAAUGUCUUCAUUAUCAUAGUCAUUAUGGACAGCUAUCUGCACACCCCCAUGUACCUCUUCCUUUCUUACCUAUCUUUCUCUGAGACCUGCUGCACCUUGGGCAUCAUUCCUAGGAUACUCUCUGGCCUGGCCGUGGGUGACCAGGCCAUCUCCUAUGUGGUCACUGCCCAGAUGUUCUUCUCUGCCUCGUGGACUUGCACCAACUGCUUCUUUCUGGCUGUCAUGGGCUUUGACAGAUAUGUGGCCAUCUGUGCUCCACUGCACUAUGCCAGCCGCAUGCAUCCUACCCUCUGUGCCCAGCUGGUUAGUACCUCCUUCCUGAGUGGGUACUUCUUUGGGCUGGAGAUGACACUGGUCAUUUUCUGCCUCUCAUUCUGCAGCUCCCAUGAGAUCGAGCACUUUUUUUGUGAUACACCCCCAGUGCUGAGCCUGGCCUGCAGAGAUACAGGCCUGAGUGAGUUGGGAAUCCUCAUCCUCAGCCUGCUGGUCCUCCUGGUCUCCUUCUCCCUCAUCACCAUCUCCUAUGCCUACAUCCUGGUAGCCAUUCUGAAGAUCUCUUCUGCUGAGGGGCGGAAGAAGGCCUUCUCCACCCAUGCCUCCCACCUCACAGUGGUCAUUGUUCACUAUGACUGUGCCUCUUUCAUGUCUUUGAGGCCCAAAGCCAGCUACUCUCUUGAGCGGGAUCAGCUUAUUGCUGUCACCUAUACUGUGGUGACCCCUCUCCUCAAUCCCAUUGUUUAUAGUUUAAGAAAUUGGGCUGUGAAGGGAGCUCUGACAAAUGCUUUCCAAGGAAGAUUACUGGGUAAAGGAUGAGGGGGAGCUCAAUGAGACUGUCUCCUCUGAGCAGGCUG